AGCAUUUAAACGACAACAAAACAAAUCAUUAUUGACACGAAGAAGAAGUAUGCCUCGCAUAUGAGGACACUUAACAAAAUAAGCUCUUCAAAACUAGUGGGUAACAUCCUUCCAUUGUCAGGGAACCCACGGAAAGAUAGCCUAUCGAAAGUAGGACUUAUUCGAAAAGGACCUGUUACCUCUGACUUUUGCGAACAGAUACGCACAUCUCAAAUGGUCAAAAAGGUUUGCAACAGCCUGAAGAUGAUGCACGUAGUUCUGUUUUACUUAAUGUUCGGAGUGACACUUUGCGCCGAAUUGCCCACAGCAACAGUCAUUAGAUAUGAGUACAAAAGUGUAUUGGGCCCUGAGGAGACAACUGAGGAGAGAAUUUUCGUAAACGGAGAUCUUUUCACACCCGAGGGCAGCGAGAAUGGUCUUGGAGUAGGGGGAUUCAUUCCCUCCAGUAAUUUCAGUCCAUCUCUUCAGGAUGCGCUCAAGAUGUUUGCAAAAACUUCAAACAGUACACAAGAAGACAACACUUUCCAGCGUUUUCGCGAAUGCAACUUGAAGGGAUUCCAAGUGAUGCGGGUAAACGAAUGGAUCGAGCACAACGGGGAAGAUGUUUUGUUUCUAGAUCAGUCGACAGACGCAUGGGCGACCUUACAUCCGCAAGCAAUGCCACUGAAACAAGAAUUGGAUCGAGAAAGACAACGCACAGUGCGCGAUAGGAUGCGCUUUCAGCAGGCCUGUGCGGAGUUGGCAAAGAUAUUGAGGCGCACUGAAGCUACGUCUGGAGGGGGUAUGGCUGGGGUUUUGGCCCCACUCCUGGCGGUGGUCAUAUUCUUAGGGCUGAUUCUGGUCAGUUUUAUCAUAUCAAAACAAAGUUCUGCUCCUCCAGGUGCUGUUUUGGGUUCCAUAAUCCAUUAUCCACCUCCGAACUCAGAUGGAGAACAAGCCGUCCGUCAGCCGUCCGUCUCCAUCAAAGCGCCAUUACUUGACAAUAUGCCUUAAUUAGUUACACUUUUGGCAGAAUUUGUGGCAGAAUGUUUUCCAGUCAUUCAGAGGCUCUGCUGAUCUAUGAUUCUUUACCUCUAAAAAAAGCAAAACAUUAUUUGUACUUCUUACUGCACUGAGGAGCUAUAGACAAUACACAUACUAUUAUUCUGAUAUGAUCCUAUCUAUCAUAGUAUUCUGUAUGUACUUUGUUUUGUCCACUAGGUGCUGCAAGCAACAUAGCCUAGGGCAGGGCUAUUCAAUUCAAUUUGAAUUUCAUCAGGGCCACAUUUUCAAACCAAGAGCUCAUGUCGGGCUGCACAUUUUCAGGCAUCACUAACACGGAAAUGACACCUCAAAUCAGUAGUCUACAAACAAUUUUUAAAUAUGUUCCUCAAACCUAAAACCUAACCACAUUUAAUGUAAAUGUACAAAACAAGCUGGAUAUUCAGAAAAAAAUCACGUGUUGUACUGCAGUAUCAAAACCGAAAUGUAUACUGCUACAGUUGGGUGCCAUGCCUGGGCCACAUGUGGACUGUAUCUGUGGCCCUCGGGCCGCCAAUUGAAUAGCCCUAGCCUAGAGUUUCACUGAUGCCAGAACUACUUGACUUUGCUCGAAGGUUCGUAACAUUGUGUUAUUACAUUAUCAUUAUACACAGCAGACGUUGGCGUUCUGCCGGUCAGUUAUCAGGACUUGCAUAAGGACCACUAGUUGGCUUCAAGGACCACUAGUUGGCUUCAAGGACCACUAGUUGGCUUCAAGUUCACUCUCAGGGUCUGCCAUCACUGUGUCCUAUGAGCAAAGCUCAGAAUAUCAAGGUGCUUUGGAGGAGUAUUGUUUGUUUCUGUUCUCUCAUAAGUCACUCUGAAUAAGACUAUUAUGGCUUGGUUUGAAUGUAAAAUAUUGUAAACCGUGUGUAAUGGCUUUCCUGCUGUAUAAUGUAAUUCUGUUGGAGUGCACCUUUCGGAGCAAAGGGAAAAGAUUUUUUAAAUGUUUUUAUACCUGCCUCUGACAAGGAUCCUUUUAUUUUUUGAUAGGGUAAUAUAUUUCAAAGAUUUAGUUCAAAUGUGUAUGUUACAUUUGUAAGAUAUGCCAUAUUUUAAAUACAUUUUGAAGUUUGAUUUAUAGACAAUUAAAUGUGGAUUCUCUCUCUCUCUCUCUCUCUCUCUCUCUCUCUCUCUCUCUCUCUCUCUCUCUCUCUCUGUAUUUGAUAGCACUUUGAGUCAACUAAAAGUUGUGAUAUUGUGCUAUAUAAAUAGGCCUACAUAUUGUAUUGUAUAAUUGCAUUGUAUUCAUUUGUUUUAUAUUUUUUUAUUUUGAAAUAAACAUGCCGAAUGGUCAACAUCAGUGAAAGUGACUUAG